AUAUUUUUCAACAUGGCCGUGACAAUGGAGUGAUGUUUUGAUCUGUGCGGACUUUGCCAUAUUUUAAAGAUGAAUUCCACUCGUUGCUGUGUGCUUGUUCUCUUCUUAUGUAUUUACAGCAUCUACAAGACACAAGGAUAUAAUUUUAACGCGUGUCCUACCAGUGAGAACGAUUUUCUCAACGUAACUUACGAAUCUUUGGUUGUUAAAUGUGGCACCAAAUAUGAUCUAGAACUGGUCACUCCUCCACCAAAAAUCUCAUUUUCUCACGCAGUUCAGGUACACAUUGUUAUGUUAUUGUACUAAAAACAUAUGUGUAUAAAAGAUGUAACCCAAUAUGUCCAAAACAUAUGCCUGGCAAAGUGCAACCACAUUGGAAAGUUAAUUGCAAAAUGUGCAGACAACUUUGGCUAUCAUUUUGCGGGGGCCAACCUCACAAUAUUGCGCAGACAAUUCUGUUUUUCUGGACUUUAGGUGUACCAUUUUACUUUAUAAUUUGUACCAAAUAUUACCAAGGUGAGAAUGAAGUGCAUGAACCUGGACUGGCGGGGAAAUUGUGCACAGUGAGUAGCCAAUAACCCAAGUAUUUAACCCAUUGAGCACCAGCACUAUUCCCUUGACAAGUACAAUUAUCUGGCAUUAGACAGAGUAAAAUAAUAAAGUAUGGUGCAAUGCAACUUCUUGGGUUAGCUAGACACAUGGGCAGAUAGUCUGGUGAACCCAUGGAGCACCAGAGCUCUCCCCUUCAUGAGUAAAAUAAUCUGGAAUUAGACAGCAUAAAUUGCAUUAUGGUGUACGUAAUGGGUAAUUAAUGACUCUCCCCUCAUCAGACAUGUUAACCGUUUGUAGCUGUCUAAGGUAGAUUAAUUUGACUCGACUCUAAAGGGACUUGUGAUUUUUUCUGCAACAAGUUAUUUUGAAUUUAAAGUUUGUUCCUUAUCCAGGAAAAAUUUUAUGAAGUACUGAUGAUUGAUCCCGAUGCACCCUCAGAAAAAAAUCCAAAGUGCAGAAGUUGGCUUCAUAUGUUGUUGUCUGAUGUCAAAGUAGGAAGAAUGUUAUCAUAAAAUCAAUCUUCUAUAGUUAAUUAUUAUACUACUCUGUCCAAGGAUUUCAUUUCUUGCCAUGUUUUUUAUCAGUUCUGGCUAGAAGGCCCAGGACCCAGUUCUAGUGCACCCCUAGAAAUUACAAUGCUGUUUAUUUAAUUUAAGGGAAGUGAUCUUCAGAAUGGCAUUUCUGCCAAUGCUAAUGCAGAGUUCAACGUAGUAACAGGUAUGAAAUAACUUUUAGCAAGAAGUAUGUUUUUAUUCUUUAGCUAGAUUGUUUCAUAUUUUUUACCUAUGGAGUAGUUUCCUGUGAUAGCUGACAUUUAAGAUUACUAACUAAUAUCUUAUACUUGUACUGAACAAGAGAACAUUUGGGCAGAUUUUGCAUUUUACUGUAACAACUUUAAUUUAAUUUUACAGAAUACAAGCCCCCAACGCCUCCUAAAGGAACUGGCUAUCAUCGGUACAUUCAUGUUGCAUUUGGCCACGAAGAACCCUUGAACCGUAAAGAGAAAAUAACACGAUGUGGUUUUGACAUUGAUUUAUUUACAAAAAAACACACUUUACAUCUGACUCCUGAUGCAAACAACAUGUUUAAAACCAUAACCAAGUAACUAUUCAUGCGAAACAGUAUAAUGAAUUAUUUGGUGAUAGUCAUUUGUAUAUAGUAAAAAUAAGUAUUCCUUUCUCUAGGCUAUAUGACGUAGAAAAAGGGAAAAGUGAAUUAUAAUAUGGUAAAUUAACAACUUGUUUCAUUGUUUUUGAGCAUACAGUUAAUGUCCACGGAAGCAUCUCAUGUGCUAUAAUGUACAACUAAGUUAGUGUUUGCCAUAUGUAACCUAUUGAUAGGGUUUGACAUAGUUUACAUCAUUCUUUGUGCAAAACUGCAUGUAGUACAACUUUCUAUUUUCAUGAGUCUACAGUGAACUCAUGCUAAUAUGAAUAUGGUUUAAUUUAUCAAUCAGUCGAUUAAAUAAUUUGACCACAAUUUAUGCUGUUAGAUGUCCAUUUCCGACAUUUCUGGUAUAUCGAGAAUUUCUACUUUUGCUUUAUAUGCUGGCCAUCGACAAACAGGGCAGUUUAGGUUUUUACAUUGAUUUCCUGAUUUGAACCAUUUUUCUAAGCAAUUUUGAUGAAAUACAUGUCUACAGGGCACUGAUACCAUAAUACAGUCUUUCACAUAAUUGUCAAGACAAAUAGAGCAUUCCUUUGUCAUUAAAAUUUUUGCUGGUCGAUAUUUGCACUGACAUAAAUUUGGAUCACAGAUUAAUUUUUCCUUGUUGUGUACUUUUUUGUAUUUAUCAUUUGUUCUUGAUGGGCAAUCACAGUUUUUCCAGACGGGGAGGUCUUUGACAAAGUCUGUUGGUAAGAGUGGCCGAAGCCAUAGAUCAGGGGUUGCAAGCCGUUGAAUAAUUAUAUCUUCAUAUGUUCUGAUGAAUAAGUUAUCUUCAUUUGUUCUUGUAUUUGCCGACAUACUUCUGGUAGAUCUAAAAGAGUGGAAGAACCUACGGAAAUAUUCUAAAUCCUGGUAGAACCAAUCGGGCGAGUCCUCAUCAUCAUUGUGGAGAAGCUUAAACCUUUUCCUCAACUGAUUAACACAAAAUCCAUACACACAAAAGUUCAACACAAACCACAUAGGACUUCUGGAAUAUGUUAGGAAAUGAUAUCUGACCACUGAUACUAGAUUACUGUCUGUUAUAAAGCGACACAUUUUCAUACCAAUAUUAAGUAAAGGUUGGGUAAAAUUUAACCGAAACAUCCCAAUGAGGGGCAACCAUGAUAUCAUGAGUGCUGUAUUAGCAAAAGCAAUAAACAGAAAAAACUUAACCAAUUUUCUCAAUAUACCACCUGGAGUUAAAAACAGUUCCAAAACACAAAUUUGAUUGACAAGAAUCAUGGCCAACAAAAAUAUAUCAUUCACUUCUGGGUGUAAAGUUGUUAAAAACAUUUCCAUUGCUUUGUAUUGUAGAACUUCUCCCUUUCUUGUUCCAUAGAAAAACCGUCUUUCUGGUGUGACAAGCAGGAGUCUAGAAACUUUAUGAAUACCAACUUUUUCUCGAAUUUCAUCAGCAUUUUCCUUUGUAAUUUUAAAAUAUGCAAAGUGUACUCUCCCUGUAAAUUGUAUAGAUAAAGAUGACAACAGAGCGGGCGGGUCCUCCGAGAGUCGACCAAAAAGAACAAUUUUUGUCGUUUCAUAACUAUUUUUAUCUUUCUUUACGAACUUUAAGUAUUCUCUGUGUGUUUUUAGUUUCCUAACUCUUGUUGCUAGAACAUUAUUUAGCCAAGAAAAUGUACGCUCUACUGAUGCUUUGGAAUUGUAAACAUUGAUAUUGACAUUUCCUUUGGCAUGUUGGCCUACGGGAGAUGACAGCAGCAAGCAUUUCGUAUCCCAGCCGUUUUUCGCGCAUAAACGAGGGUCUAAACUGCAAUCGAACACUCCUGUUUUGAUUCCUAAAAGUCUCACUUUCUUAGACAAUUUAACCCACUGUUUUAGCGACAACAGAGAAGCUCUAUAUUGAGGAAUGAUUUGGACCAACCACCCGCUAGCCUUGGUGUCUUCAAUUUUUUCGAACAGAUGCGACGAACUUCGAAAAUAUGUAGUUUCUGCAUCAUUCUCGUUUUCUCGACCGUCCACAAGUUCUGUGCAGUUGUCUUCUGAAUUAAAACUCCCAGAUUCUUUCACAAGUUGCGCUAAUUCGCUCUUGUCCACAACUCCGACAUAACUGAUGCCUCGUUCGUCCAGCAAGGUCUUCAGUCUUCUGACGCUAAGUGCAAAGGGAUUAAAUAGCGGAGAUGCCACACAGCUGAGCUCCAACCAACUCGAGGAAAUAUCAAGAACUUUCGCCACCAACAACACCAAAAGAAAAUAAAUCAAAACUAAAAUCGCCUUCGCAAACAUGUUUAUGUUUACAUCGCGAGAACAAUAUGGCGGUUUCUGGCG